GUGCUCAGCUACCUGAUGCGCCUGCAGCCUCGCUCCGACCAGCUCGUAAAGGCAGUACUCGGCCGUCUCAACUUCACAAGGCCCAUCGUGGGGAUCCACGUGCGAAGAAGUGACAAAUUGUUCCACGAAGCUGAAUAUCACGCUGUCGACGAGUACAUGGCCGCAGUAGAGGACAUCUACGAAACGCUGGAGAUAACAAACGGCGGCGGAGCAAGAAAGAUAUACGUGGCUACAGACGACGUCAGUGUUUUCGAUGAGAUCAACAAAAAAUAUCCCGACUACACAGUUAUUGGAGAUCGAAAUAUAUCCUCGAGGGCAAGUGGGAAGACGAAAUAUAGUAAAGAAGCUCUUGACGGAAUUCUGGUGGACAUCCACUUGCUCUCCAUGUGUGACUUCGUAGUCUGUACGUUCAGCUCUAACAUUUGUCGCCUUGUGUACGAGAUGAUGCAGUCACUGCACGUUGAUGCUUCAACGCGUGUGACCUCUCUGGACUGGGACUAUGGUUUUACAGGGAUGCAGAAACUGCGUCUCUACAGAGUCAUACUGCAACAUUCAGCAAGGUCGGCAGAGGAAAUGAACAUGAGGCGUGGCGAUAUAAUUGCUGUGAAUUUCUACAACGCGACAAAUAAUUAUGGUUACAAUCUUAAUACAAGCGAAUCAGGAUACUUCCCGAUUUUUAAGACUGUGGAGGAUGCUAAAUCAGUACCUUUCCCUACGUAUACGUACGUUUGAAAGGUUCGACAGACCAAGUAUUUCCUCUCACCUGGAUAGUUCUUGAUACAUACCUCGUCAAUGUUGUAGUGCCACCAAAUGUUUUGCUUGGUCUAGUGACUCAUGUAUUUAUUCUCAACUGUAUUAAUGUAUUAUCAAUGUUUUCAUUUCUUAUUUGUCUACGUUUAAUGAUUUCUCAAUAUUGGUAGACUUCGCCACUUUUGUGGACCUAAUUUAGGAUAUUUCUGUU